CCACGCAAGUGUGAGGAGUGGGAGGAAACCGGGUAUAUCUGCGAGCACACGCAUGAGCUGGUCGAUAUAACAUGGCCGGAGAGCACGGCGAGGGCGUCCAGCUCUCGACAAACCAGGAGAACACGCUGCAGACGUAUCUGGCUGUGACGGGACAGGAUCGGGAGGCCGCUAUACCGCUGCUGAGACGCUCAGAAUGGAACGUCCAGAUUGCCAUCACCAAGUUCUUCGACGGGGAAGCUCCGGAUCCUGUGGAGGAAGCUCGAGCGGCCAUGGACUCCGCGGUGCCGGCUCCUAUACCGCAGACUCGCCAGAACCUGGCUGCGGACAUGGCCUACUCGAGCUCAGGCAUUCUCUCAGCUGUACGGCAGACUGAGGCAGCUCCUAGGAUUACGUCCCAGCCUUCCGAUACGCCUCCGUUCCGCCCCCCCUUCAUACUAGCUAUCCUGUUUACUCCGUUUAAUCUCAUAUAUCGACUCCUCUCCAGCUCUCUCCGCCUGUUCGGCGCGUUAUUCCCCUUUCUUCCACGCCUGUUCAGCAAUAUCUCAAGCUCGACCCUUUCCAACAAGUCCUCACAGGGACGAAGGUCUCUGGCUCCAAAGGAUACUGCCGCACGGUUCAUACGUGAGUUCGAGGAGGAGUAUGGAUCACAUUCGUUGCCCUUCCUUGAAAACGGAUAUAACAUGGCACUCGAGAGGUCACACAAGGACCUCAAGUUCUUGCUGGUUGUCCUGCUCUCCCCGGAGCAUGACGAUACCGAUGUCUGGGUGCGGGACACUCUCCUCUCGCCAGAAGUGACUGCAUACCUAAACGACCCUUCCAACAACGUCCUGCUAUGGGGUGGGAACGUACAGGACUCCGAGUCAUAUCAGGUCGCAAACUCGCUCAAAUGCACCAAGUUCCCCUUUGCGGUGGCUAUUGCCCAUACUCCCAGCGUCUCUUCCACCGCCAUGUCGGUCAUCGGCAGGAUUCCAGGCCUUAGCUCUCCGUCGGAAUUCCUUGAAAAGCUCCGAGCGGCUACCAACCAGCAUAAGUCUUCCCUGGACCGUGUACGCUCCACAAGAGCCGAACAACAGGCUUCGCGAACACUCCGGCAGGAACAGGAUUCCGCCUACGAGCGCUCUCUCGCCCAGGACAGGGAACGGGCGAGGCAACGUCGUGAAGCAGAAGCUGAGCGUGAGCGACAGGAAAGAGAGGCUAGGGAACAGCAAGCUGCGGCUGAGAAAUAUGCCAGGGACCUCCUACAGUGGAAACAAUGGAGGGCCCAGUCGAUACCCCCCGAGCCUCCCGCAGACAAUAAAGAUGCGAUCCGUGUCAGUCUUCGUUUGACCUCUGGAGAAAGAGUGAUACGGCGCUUCUCGGGGGACGCGGAAAUAGAGGAAGUCUACGCAUUUGUAGAAUGCUAUGACAUUCUACAUCCAAGCGAGGAAGAAGACAAAACUGACACAUCAGACGUUACGGAGCCGGAAAAUUUCGAGCACAAGUACGGAUUCCGUCUCGUCUCGCCCAUGCCCCGUGCUGUUUAUGAAUUGGAAGCUGGAGGGACGGUGAAGGAGCGGAUAGGCCGAGGCGUUAACUUGCUAGUCGAAAGCAUUGAGGACGACGACGACGACGACGAGUGA